AUGCAAGUCCAAGUUAGAACAAUAAAUGUUAUUUGUGCAGUAUUAUUGGUCUUCGCUGGUUUUCUCAUCGACAAUAAAGUUGAUGCUCGAGCAAUCGAAAAAAGAUCAUCUGAUGUUAACGCUGAAGUGCAUAAACGUGCUCUAAUUGAUGCUUUGGCUCAUGCACCUGGUAAGUCAUAUAGCAGACGAGAAGCACCAAUGUGGACUGGAAAAGACACAUCAAAUGCUGUUGGUCCCAAUUUACGGUAUGCAGUAGCAUCACGAGCAGUAAAACGAGCAACAGGUAAAGGAAAACAAACAGUGACAAAAACAAAAGCAACAACAGAAACAAAACAAUCAGUGACAAAAACAAAAGCAAUAACUGGAACAAAACAAAUAGUAGGAAAAACAAAACAAACAUCGGUAAAAACUAAACAGACAGAAACAAAACAUCAUUAA